CUCGAAAAACCUCUGACGGCCAAAGAGCAACUUCCUUUCGACAGGAUCCCUCAUCGUCGACGACUAACCUCACACAACAGUCAAAAUGGCCCGUGGACCCAAGAAGCACCAGAAGCGCCUCAGCGCGCCCAAGCACUGGCUCUUGGACAAACUGUCCGGUGCCUACGCUCCCAAGGCCUCCGCUGGUCCUCACAAGACCCGCGACUCGCUGCCUUUAAUCAUCUUCCUCCGCAACCGCCUCAAGUACGCGCUCAACGGUAACGAGGUCAAGGCCAUCGUCAAGCAGCGCCUUAUCAAGGUUGAUGGCAAGGUCCGCACCGACAGCACCUUCCCCACCGGUCUCAUGGACGUCAUCUCCAUCGAGAAGACGGGCGAGAACUUCCGCCUGAUCUACGACACCAAGGGCCGUUUCACCGUCCACCGCAUCACUGCUGAGGAGGCACAAUACAAGCUCGGCAAGGUCAAGCGUGUCCAGCUUGGCAAGGGCGGCAUUCCCUACUUGGUUACGCACGAUGCGCGAACCAUCCGUUACCCCGACCCCGCCAUCAAGGUCAACGACACCGUCAAGGUUGACCUUGCUACCGGCAAGAUCGAGGACUUCAUCAAGUUCGACACUGGUGUCAUCGUCAUGGUCACCGGUGGUCGCAACAUGGGGCGUGUUGGUGUCAUUACCCACCGUGAGCGUCACGAUGGUGGCUUCAACAUUGUCCACUUGAAGGAUGCCGUUGACAACGAGUUCACCACUCGUGAGUCUAACGUUAUCGUCAUUGGACAGGAGAAGCCCUGGAUCUCCCUCCCCAAGGGCAAGGGUGUCAAGCUCUCCAUCGCUGAGGAGCGUGACCGCCGCAGGGCCUACGCCAUCGGUGGACAGUAAGUGUGUGCGAAGAUAGAAGCAGCAAGUUAGCAUACGAAGCUCAGACAUGACCGUAUGAUUAGCCUUGCGGGGUUAGGAUACCAAAAAGCCAGGCGUUUGGUCACUCGUGGAAAAGUCACGAGUCUGGGGUCAUUCUGCAUAUCAUACGAAUACCAAAUGAGAAUCAAAUGAACACUUCAGCUGCCUGCUUACAGAUUCGAUAAGAACCGAG